AUGCCAAAAAGCUCCAACAAUGCAGAUCUACCGCUUGGCUGGGAAAUUAACACCGACUACGAUGGCAAGGUUUACUUCAUCGACCAUAUCAACAAGAAGACGACCUGGAUCGAUCCACGCGACAAGCAUACGAAACCGGAAACGUUCGCCGACUGCAUCGGUAACGAGCUGCCUUUUGGCUGGGAGGAGAGCUACGACUCGCAGAUCGGCACCUACUACAUCAACCACAACACGCAGACGACCCAGCUCGAGGACCCCCGGUUGCAAUGGAAGAGCAAGCAGGACGAGAUGCUGCGCGAGUACCUGUGCUCCGCACAGGACACACUGGAGGCUAAGAAGGAGAUCCUGAACGUCAAGACGCAGCGGCUACAUCUCGCGCAGGAGGAGUACAACCACCUGAAUGCGCUCGCCGCGAGCCGCACGAGCUUGUGCUCCUCUACAAGCUCGUGCAGCACCAAGUUCGAUCCGGAGUUGCUCCGGGCCGAUCUGGCCAUCGCAAAGGAGCGUGUCUUCCGGCUCAAGAAGGAACUGUCGCGGAUACAGAAGGAGAUGCGUAGUACUCAGAAGGGCGUCGACACGCUGGCAAGUGUGGAGCAGAAGCUGAACUCGCACGUGAACGGCUGCUACAACAUCAGCGAGGCGCAAGCCAUCAUGGAGGAGGUGAAGAAGAUCCAGAAGUCAUUGAUCACCGGCGAGCGGGAGAAGAAGGAGCUGAUGAAGAGCCUGGCGCAGGUGAAGGACGACCUUACGCGGCUCCAGCUGCGCCAGGAGAGCCCGGACGCAUCAACGUUCAAUCUAGCGCAGGACCGCAUCUGUGCAGCCUCGCAGACCGACCUCUCGUCGGAGAACUUCCCGAUGGGGGCGCGCGAGAUGGCGAAGAUGCGCCAGCGGUACGACGAGUGGCGCAAGCGCGUCAAGGAGAUCCAGGAGCAGCUGGCAGCACUGGAGGAGAAGAUCCGGCCGGGUGAGCUCGAGUCGGACCAGGACCGGCUGUUGCUGUUCCAGGAGAAGAAGCAGCUGCUGCUGGAGUACCGCAGCAUCACGCCGAAGUCGCGCUCGCAGACGGAAAUGCGCCGCAUCCAGAACGUGUGCAAGCAGCUCGAAGCGGACCUCAACAUGGCGUACGAGGAGUCGAACCAGUGCAUCGCCAACCGGCUGAAGCUGCACGAGGAGAAGCAGGCGCUGUUGCAGCAGUUGCUCGAGGCGCUGAAGGAGUUUACGCACCUGGAGAACCAGCUCAAGUCACUGUCAGCCAGCACGCUGUCGAUCAGCAGCAGCUCCAGUCUCGGCUCGCUGUCGACCGCAUCGAGCAAGGGUUCACUGAGCGGGCUCAGCUUCACCGACAUCUACGGCGAUCCACUGUCGGCCGAGCCGCAGAUCGACAUGGUCGACAUGAAUCGGCGCGUCCAGCGCUUGUUCCACCCCAGCUCCGAGGUGUCGCUGUCCCCACGCAGUAGUCUCUCCGCCGAGACGCCGCCCGCCUCACCACUCAAGCUCGACUGGGCGAUGGCGGCUGCCGCGGCGGCUAACGGUGGUGCGGCGGCAGCGGCCGUGGCGGCUGCGAUUGCAAAGAGUGGAGCGAUGGCACUGACGGCCGCCACCGCCCCGAGCUAUGCGUCGGCCGUGCCCAGCUACGCCGUCGCCACGUCAUCCAACGCGACUUCGGCAGCCGCUGUUGCAGCCGCCGAGUACAACCUCGACCGGCAGCGGCUGGAGGAGCAACUGCAGGAGCUGAAGAUCCGCCAGCUCGGCAUCGCCGGCCCACUGUCGCCGAUCUACGAAAAGCCCUCGUACCUUGACAUCGCCCCCGCCGUACUGCUCAGCCGCUCGUCCUCCACCUCCAAUACACGCUCCGUCUCCACGACCGUGAGCGACGAAUCCGUGGCGGGCGACUCGGGCGUCUUCGAGGCAUCGCGGGCGCCACUGCUGGCGACCAAGGAGUGUGCGCAGGUGCAGAUCGGCAUCCGCUACUCGACCGGUGACUCGACACUGUGCAUUGCGAUCGAGCGGGGUAGCAAUCUGACCGCACUCUGCCUGCCCGACGGCUGCCAACUGUACAUCCGGGCCAUGCUGCUGCCUCCCGGAAGCGCCUCGGUGAGUGCGGGCGCGGGUGCCGGUGUGGUGCGCACCAACACCGUGACGGACUUUGCCCGACCACUCUUCAAGACACUCCUGCUCGUGCAGCUGCCGCUCGACAAAGUAUACGCGAAAUCACUGCACGUCAAGGUGAUGGUGCUAAUCGGACAGCGCGAGGACUGGGUAGGCAGUGCGCAGAUCAGCCUGGCCGAGUUCAAUCCGGCCGAUGCCACCAGCCGCUGGUACAACAUUAUCAGCCGCAAGUCAAUGAACGAAUCCGAGCUGCUCGAGGGCGGCGCAGCGGGCAGCACCGGUAUCAAGGAGGAGUCAUCCGACGAGUCGACGAUCAUCUCGUCGCAGACGUCCACGCUGACGCGCAACCAGGGCCAGGAGGAACUGCAGGCCGUGCUUGAGAUGGUGUACGACGAGCUGUCGAAUGAGGACUACGAGGAGGAAGAGGACGACGAGGACGACGAAGAUGAUGAGGACGACGAGGAGGAUGGCGGAGAGGACGUGGAGAAUGGCGCGGGAGCUCGAUCGCAGAAGCAGACUGUCGUGCAGCGGCAGCAAACGGACGACGAGCUGCAGGAAGAUGGUUGCGCUUCAGCGGAAGCCACCGAGCUAAUGAUACAAGAGUACAUGAACAGUGUGAAGGAGCAGAGCAGUAGUGUCCCGGGGGUAGUCGAAAGCCUCCCGGAACCGGUGGAGCGUGUGGAUAAGGAGACCAACACCGAGUGCGCCUUCCUGCCCGAGCGGAGCCGCCGGCGGUUCCCCGAUCCCAACUCUAUCAACCACCAUCAUCACCCCCACCAUCAACACCAGCACAGCCAUCGCUCGUCAACCAUCGAGGAGGGUUCGGUUGUCGACGAUCGGCUGGUGAAACGAUCGCAAACGUUUUCGCCUAGUGCCGUUGCAAGCAAGACGCGCUACAUCUGCCGGCUCAACCGGAGCGACUCCGACUCGGCCAUGCACUUUAACAACCAGGUGACGCCGCACCCGUUCAAGCGCGGCUCGGUGGAACGGCGCUCGUUGCGCUACCACAAUCGCGUGUCGAAAAUCUACCACAAAAUGCACCCGGCAGUACCGCGCACCAGCCUCGAUCUCGAGCUCGACCUGAAGGCGCAACAGACGAAGCUCGAGACGCUGACGGACGAGAUUGGGCGGCUGCGGGAGCUUAAGCACCGGCUGGAGCAAGCACGCGACAACAACGACGUGAAGGUCGCGGCCUGGGCGCUUGAGAACGAGGACUUCCUGCGCCUGGUGAAGACGGUGAACGCAGCCACGCCGGAGGAGCGCCAUCUGGCCAAGCUGCUCAUGAAGACUUCCAAGGAGAUCUACAAGCUGCGCAAGACGAAGGUCGGCAAGGGCAAGCUCGAUUCGAUAUCGUUCAAGGAAAAGAUGGCGUUCUUCACACGCCGCGGCGUUUCCGUACCGGAGCUGCCGUCGGAGAUAUUCCAACCUCAGUCCCAAUCGCAGUCGCAGCAGACCCAGUCGAUCCAGCAGGACGGGUUCGAUCAGCUGACACCAGAUUUGGUGGAAACGAGGCUGGGAGCGUCGUUUCGCUCGAUAGCGGCGGCGGCUGGCAAGCGCAGUUCGUCGGAAAGAGGCGAAGACUACGGUGGCAGCACCACGCCGACCAACAGUGGCGAGAUGCAGACGACGUCGACCGGCACCGGGACCGACGGGGACGCCAUGGACGACCAUCGCGGUUCGGAUCCGUCGUCAUCAUUCUCGUACAGCGACGUCGACCGCACGUACGGCGUUGAGGUGUGA